AUGAAAGAUACAGAGAAGAGUUUUCAAAGUAGCCUGCGGGCGUUGCGUGCACAACUCCUGGAAGGCAAUUCCUCCUGCUGUUUCCAGCUAUGUAAUGUUUUUCGGUCUCAUGAGAUGGAAAUUGAGCAGUGCUUGCUGGAGUCCCUCCCUCUUGGCCAGCGGCAGCGGCUGGUGAAGCGGAUGCGCUGUGACCAAAUAAAGGCAUAUUACGAAAGAGAAAAAGCUUUCCAGAAGCGGGAGGGCUACGUGAAAAAACUGAAACAUGGAAAGAACCAUCGAGUUCAUUUUAAUCUUGCUGAUAUGACACAGGAUGCAAUCAUACGUCAUGAUGAUAAAGAAGUGCUACGGCUAUUGAAGGAUGGUGCCGACCCUCAUAUGCUUGUUUCCUCAGGAGGCUCCUUGCUCCAUCUGUGUGCUCGCUAUGAUAAUGCAUUUGCUGCAGAAAUUCUAAUUGACAGAGGAGUGAAUGUAAAUCAUCAAGAUGAGGAUUUUUGGACAUCAAUGCAUGUAGCCUGUGCAUGUGAUAAUCCUGAUAUUGUCCUGCUACUGUUACUA